AUGGCUGAUGAAUAUCCAAUAGUUACAAAAGAAGAAUUUAUAAAAGGUGUGGGAAAUACACCUUUGAUUAAAAUUGAAUCACUUUCAAAAGAAACAGGUCGUGAAAUUUAUGUUAAAGCUGAAUUUAAAAACUCCGGGAAAUCAAUCAAAGAUAGAGCUGCUAUUUAUCUGUUAAAUGAUGCUUUAUCAAAAGGUGAAUUGACUCCAGGGGGUACUUUAGUGGAAGCCACUGCUGGUAAUACGGGGAUUGCAUUGGCUUUAUUAGCAAGAACUUAUGACCCACCUUUUAAAGUUAGAUUAUUCGUUCCUGAAACUCUUGUUCCUGAAAAAAUAGCUAUAUUAGAAUCAUUAGGAGCUACUGUUAUUUUAGGUCCAAUUGUUCCACAAGAUCAUCCAGAAUUUGUUAAUAAUUUAGCUAAAAGAUAUGCAGCAGAAAAUGAUAAUACAAUUCAUGUUAAUCAAAUGGAUAGUUUAGUCAAUCGUAAAGCACAUUAUGAAAAUACAGGUCCAGAAAUUUGGGAGCAAACAAACGGUAAAAUCAAUGCAUUUAUUGCAGCUUCAGGUACAGGUGGGACUUAUUCAGGUGUUUCAACAUACUUGAAAGAAGUUUCAAAUGGUAAAGUUUCAACUUAUGUUGCAGAUAGAGAAGGUUCCGGUUUACAUUCAUACAUUCAAAGUAAAGGGGAGAAUUGGGAUGCUGAAGGUACUUCAUUUGUUGAAGGAGUUGGUAAAUUAGCUCAUACUGGUAAUACAAGAGGUAUUUUAGAUUAUACAAGUGGUUCAUAUAGAAUCUUGGAUGAAGAAGUUUUAGUAACAUUAUAUAGAUUAUUAGAUGAAGAAAAUUUAUCAGUUGGUGCUUCCUCAGCUUUAAAUCUAACUGCUGCUAAAAAAUUGGCAUUAACUUUACCAGAAGGUUCAAUUGUGGUUACAACAGCUGCUGAUACAAGUGAAAGAUAUGCAAGUAAGGCAUUCAAUAAAGAAUGGUUAAUUGAAAAUGGUCAUUGGGAUAAGAUACCACAACAUUUACAUAAAUAUGCAACAUUCACUAGUAGCAGCUAA